AUGGCGGCGCAGUUUGGCCCCCAACCCUGGGCUUCAACACCCUUCUGUCGUGCUCUGCUAUUUGGCUCUCCAUUUCGAGUCCCUUCGGUCUCCAUGGGAGUAAUAGUUAAACGGCCAUCACCCGGGCAGGGAGCCCCAACGAGACUUCGCCGGAGGGAGCCUCGGAGAGAAUCGCAACGGCUUGUUGUAGACGACCGUCAAGCACAGGCUCAAUAUCCCGCAACACAACCUGAUGUCUAUCCCGACGCAGGGAAACCAGACCCAGCACAACUUCAAGCCUCAAACCCCAAGUCGCCUGAUAAUAUUGCCCCCGACCUUAGGCAGGCCAGCUUCGUACCCCCUGCCAGUCUCCGUGGUAGGCGCUCCACGGCGGAAGUUGAUAUCAUUCAAGUGCACGGUCUUGCUGGUCAUACCAUAGAGAACACGAAGACGAGAAUUCGAGAUCUUCACAAGCGGGAUCCUUUAAUACCAUGGGGCUAUAAACGAGUAGCAGACGUCUGGAGUCACCUCAGGAGAAGCCGCAUCAUGCAAACGCAUGCAUCCAAAUAUUUGUUCAGUUCCACUGAAGAUGAGAUGAAGGAAAUCAACGAGCGAAAGACGGAUCAGUCCAAGGCGACCGAUACCUAUACAUACCCAUUUCCAGAUGACUUAUCCAAGGCGGACUUCUGGAUCCCCCAGGCCGCACCGGACGGCCGACUCUUUUACUAUAAUACGAUGACGGGCGAUCGCAGCGUGGAACUCCCUCUUGAGUCCUCAGUAUCGUAUAAUUACCAGCAGCAGCAACAGCAGCCUUUCUUCACGGACGAGCCUCACCGCCCGCUCUAUACCGAGCCAGAGUCCAUCAAUCCGGUAGGUGUCGCCGCCGCAGGGGCAGCGGCCGGUGUGGCCGCGAGCGCGGCGCUGGGCCUGGCUGCCGACUACGAUCAUCCCGAAGUCCAGAUCCCAUCCAAGCCGGUCACGCCCCAGCGACGGAAGACGGAUGAUGAGAUUAUGGCGAUCGGCCGCCAGCUGGCCGGUCUUGCCAAGCGCCAGAACGAGGAGGACCGGAGGGCGCGAGGCGUAACUAGACCAUCACGGUUGGUAUCCGCUGCUAAGAUAAGGUCUAUGACUAUUACCGUACCAAAUAUUCCAAGGGAUGCAAACGGCACUGCUGGUGGUCGGGAAACCGAUUGGACGAGAAGAUAUCAAGCCGCGCGAAAGAACCUCCAACUAGAGCCUCAGAAGCAACAGGAGAAGAAUUUUUCAAUUGUACCUACGAUCUCGAAGGAUCAUACAGCAGGUGAGCAGGCGCGGCAGGACGGCCUAUUUGCUGAACUGGGACGGGGAGAAAAGCGACAUCUAUCAAGAAUUCACACUGACGGAGAGCAACAUAUCCUUGACUCUCUGGCUCGCAAGAAGCCCAAAAGGGAUAAGUAG